AUGGCCCAGCCAGGGGACAAAUGGCCAGGCAAGCAGAAGAAUCCUGGUCAAAUAGAGUCUACAGGGGAGCAGGGGCCGCCCCCUCUCCCCUUCCUCCAGGCGCUCUUCCUCCCGCCUCUCCGCCCCGCCCCGCCCCGUCCCGUCCCGUCCCUCCUCUUUCCUCCGAGGAAACUUUCCGCCGGCUGGUCCAUCGGCGUGUCCGGCCGCACCACAGUGCGAACCGAGGAAGGCGGACGGGGCGGCCCGGCCCGGGUGUAUGCAGCCACCGGGAAGUCGCAGCUGCCGGGGGCAGGCAGCGGGACGCUGACGGGUGAGCGAGCAGGGCCCAGGCCCUGCUGGCGGAGGGGUGCAGGAGGGAGGCGACAGGGGAGCCCCGAGGCACCGCCUCAUCCUUCCGUGCGCUGGGCCUCGCCUAGGGACCCCACGAGGGGGCGGAGCGUGUGCGGCUUCUCCGCAGCUCCCCGGGAUGAAGGGGCGUCUGUGGGGAAGCAAGGACUCUAUCUAGCAGAGCCCAGAUCUGCGACCAAAUGA